GCUGUUAGAUAACGGAGCUUAGUACCAACACGGUUCGUGCCGUAUGUGCUUUGUGCUACACCAGUAUUGUUGAGUGUAAAGUGUAUUGCUGUGAUAAAACAUCGCUCAUGUCUGCCAAACACAGUGCUUGCAGGUCGAAGGAGCCUGACACCGUGGCCAUGUCGCUGCUGGACGACACGGCUACAAACACGGCUCCAGAACAACUCACCCUCAAACGAGAACUCGGCCUAUUCAGUGCUGUCAACCUCAUCAUCAGUGUCAUGAUUGGUGCUGGAAUCUUCGUGUCUCCAUCCAGUGCCUUGGUCCGUGCAGGCUCAGUAGGCGAGGCCCUCAUUGUAUGGGCGGUUUGUGGCGCCAUCUCUCUGCUCGGAGCACUGUCGUUUGCUGAGCUCGGGACCGUAGUGCCGCAGUCCGGUGCUGAGUACUCCUUCUUCAGAGCCACUUACUCUCCUCUCCAUGGGUUCUGGGGUCCUCUCCCGGGAUUUGUCUUCAUCUGGGUGGUCGUCCUGAUCCUCAGACCUGCAGAGGCUGCUAUCAUCAUCUUGGUGUUCUCUGAGUAUGUCUACCAGCCGCUGGCGCCUGCUGCCUGUGCUCAGCACUCACAGCUUGUCAAGAAGAUUAUUGCGCUCCUAGCAUUAGGAAUUACAACAUAUGUAAACACAAAGAGUGUCAAAUUAUUCGUCAAAAUGCAAAACAUAUUUUCUUCAUUCAAGAUUGUAAUUUGUGUCGUUGUCAUCGGUGGAGGAAUCUACAACUUAAGUCAAGGAAAUAUGGAACAUCUUAGUAAAGGUUUUGAAGGUUCCAAAACUGGGUUAAAGGACAUAAUAUUAUCAAUUUACAGUGGACUGUGGGCCUAUGAUGGUUGGACAUCUGUGAUUGCUGUGUCAGAGGAAAUAAUAAAACCUAACAAAAAUAUACCUCGCAGUAUACUGAUAGCUGUUCCACUAGUUACAGUCUUGUUUGUCAGCAUGAACAUAGCUUACAUGUCAGUGCUGACUGUCGAAGAGAUGACUACAGUCCCUGCUGUUGCUGUGGCAUUUGGUGAAAGGAUCCUAGGUCCGUUGCGGUUUGUGAUCCCUGCUGGUGUGGCCCUCGCUACAUUUAGCUGUUCCAUGGCCAGCCAGUUUGGUGUUGCAAGGUUGACGUUCGCUGCUGGUCGGGAAGGCCAUAUGCCAGAGUGUCUCUGUUAUAUCCAUGUCCAUCGCUACACACCAGCUCCUGCUGUUACAUUGCAGGGUGUGUUGACUUUGGUUUUUAUUCUGGCUGGAGACAUCGUCACACUAAUCGAGUUUGCCAGUUUCCUCAUCUGGACCUUCUACGGGUUGGCUUUCCUAGCACUCAUCAUAUUGAGGAAGACCAGACCCAACGUCUCCAGGCCCUACAAGGUGCCACUAGCUAUCCCGGUGUUUCUGGUAGUCCUAUCAACAGUGUUGGCCACAGUACCUAUUUUCUUGGACCCUUCCCCUGGGCACCUGGGUGCUGUAGGUUUCAUCAUCCUCGGGCUCUUGGUCUACUACCCUCUGGUCUACCUAGGAGUUCGUCCUCCUGGACUAGACAAACUUAACUUCUUGGUCCAAGUAUUGAUGCAGGUAGCUCCACCAGCCAAGGCAGCUGAGCUUUGAACACUGAUUUUAUCAGUAGCUACCAUCAGGGGCAAUGAUUUUUUGUAAGAUGGGGGUAGGUGUAAAAUAACCAAAGGUCUUAAGGGAGAAGUUAAGAAUAUUUACAAACAAGUACUAAAAUGUGAUACUAAACUUAUUUAUUACAAUUUAUUGUAAAUAUACUAGAAAGAAUUGAUAAGUUACUCAAAACAAUCACAGAAAAAAGUUGAAUAAUCAGUUCAAGAUUACCUAUGUGGUUUCCAUAUAUUAUUAUUUAAUAAUAUUAUAAUGAUAUAAUAUCAUCUUGUGUACCGUCAUCCGGUGUUGUGUCUUAACACAGUUGUGACGUUUCAAUGAAUAAAGUAGUUUGGGUUUACUAAACAUUGUAACUAUUAUUCUUGCAUUGUUGCAAGAAGUGAUGCUAUAUUUUUCUAAACCACGUGUUUUAUUCUUUGGAAAUAUGUACAAGAAAAACUGAUAUGUAAUGUUAACUAUAUCCUAAUGAAAAUUAUUUAAUGGCUUUAUGGGAUAUUGUCAUACAUUCCAUCAAAAGUUAUUUCUAACUCUUAAGCUUUAAUAAACACAAGGAAAACAGUUAACUUGUAAGAUAUUUAUUGGUUAAAAAAUUAAAAUAGUUCACUGUAAUGUAUUGCACUAGACAUUCCAUUUAUAUGUUAAAUUUGUAACCAGAUUUUUUAAAUCGUCAUAGUUGAUGUGAGUCACCUACAGAUUGCACUGAUUUAAAUUACUAAAUUCUAUCAAAUAAACAAUCUUUUUUAACAAGUCAAAAUCAGGGGAUGAAUUAUUAUGAGCUAUAACAACUGUUAUGACCCAUCAACCUGGUCAGCAACAAAAAAUAAGGUAUAAGAAUUUUUGACACUAGUGCAUUCUGUGACUGGCUCACACAACUACGUUAUUUUUUAAUAAAAAAUGGGCUACAGCUGGUCCAACAGAUGGGAAGUCUACUUCAGUAUCAUAGUCAAUGGUAAUACUAUUGCUAAGGUAGUUGUUAAAAAAGUUGUUCUACAGUUUUAGUAUUGUGAAUGUUUACAGAAAAUAAUCUAAUGUAUACCUUGUUUCUGUUAUACCAAUUUGUU